CAUUUGUUGCUUCUCGGCUCAUGAUCUUGUGAAGAAUCAGUAUCGACUAAUAGUUUCGAGUGUUUUCGAGAGUUUCAGUGCUAUCGUUGUACCAGUAAAAAAACAAUAUGUUGAAAUUCGUGUCCGCCCUCGCCAUAUUCGCUGCCACCGCCAAGGCCGGUCAUGUUCAGCCUGUGCAAUAUUCGAUCGUAGCCCAGCAUCCACAUGCCGGUAUUGUUCACCAUGCUGUUCCAGAGGUGCACUAUCCAUCUCACGUUGAUGUCUCCUACGAUAGCCACCACCACCACCACCAAGUUGGACAUGCCGUAGCAUCUCACAGCCUGCUGAAUAACCACCAUGAACUCGCUUACUCCGGACACAGUGCUUUGUACGGUGGCGAGAACCAUGGCCACUUGUACAACAAAGGUUAUAAGGGAGAGUACGCCAAGGAUCAUCAUGAUUACUAUGCGUAUCCUAAAUACAGCUUCGAAUAUGGCGUAAAUGAUCACCACACCGGAGAUCACAAGAAGCAGUGGGAAACUCGCGAUGGUGAUGUUGUUAAGGGUGGAUACAUGUUCAAGGAAGCUGAUGGAACUACUCGUAUCGUAGAAUACACCGCUGAUGAUCACAACGGAUUCAAUGCUGUGGUUAAGAAUGUUGGUCAUGCUCAUCACCCAGAAGUCCACAACAUUCACGGUCAUUCCGGAAACUACGCUGGAGCUUAUGCCAGCGGAGCUUAUUACGAUACAGAUGCCUCCAGCUUCUCGAAGGUUUGGAAACACUGA